AUUCUUAUUCCGCUUUGUUUUGCGGAGGUGAGAGGACGAUUUAUAGCAUCCUUAACUUUUUGUUUCUCAAUGUUUUUUUUUGUUUAUGUAUGUUUUGUGAGUGGACAAAUAUAAAUUAAUCCAUUAGAAGUGUUCUUUAUGAAACUUAAUUAGUGUACGUGAGAUUAAAAACUGGAAAGGUUUGAGUAAUAGUUCAAACGAUUCGAUGUCAAUAAACUUGUCGUUGAUAUUUUAUGGGAAAGGUGUGCCGCGUCGCUAAAUACCUGUUUGCGGCAGGGUGCACGAGUUCGGGAGGCGGUUGGCGCUUAGCUGCCAUGUUAUAGAUGCGAGAUAACAAAAUGACGAUUUGGCCGAGACCAGUACCGCACGUAUCGCCUUUUUCCGCAUGGAAAUGUACCGUCUUCCACUGGGCCACGACAAGACUGAACGAUGCCUUCACACCUAACGGGAGAUGAUCAAUUAAAUAUUUUUCUACGUAUUUAUGGACUUAAGUGAGGUGCUUUAGUGUUGUGAAAUUUUGUAAUGUUGAAACAAUGAACACGAUGACUAGUGAAGGAGAAGCAGUGAAGGUGGAAGGCGGACAUAUUUCUGUGACCACUAUCAGUAUGCCGGGACCAGAUACGACUAGCGGCCAGUUCUCAUACAGUUCGAGCGGUGUGCGCAUCAGCGUCUCAUCAGUGCCUCACGAUGAAGACUCGACCGACGCCGAGAUCUCUAAAAUUGACUUUACCCAACGUCAGUACGAGGUGAACAUGAGAAAUAAGAAGAAGCGAUCCUCUAUGAAUGGCGAGGAACAAGAGAGGCCGAUGUCGUGGGAGGGGGAGCUCUCCGACCACGAGAUGGUCAUAGACACGAGCGUAAACAACGAUGAAAACAGCAAUUCUAUCGACCUGCAGUCGUCUCGGGACUCGUUGGACACGCUUCGGAACGUCACAAUAAAGUCUGAGAAUGUGAAGACCGAGCCGUUUCAGAGCCUCGACGACGAGAGGGUUCUGGAUUUAAAGUAUGCCCCUCUGCAGCCUCAUCAGAGGAGUCUCAGUAUGAACAGAAUAUCAGUGCUGACAGACAACAGCCUCUCGCUCGCUCGUCGCCCGUCCUCGCCCACGAGUAGCGCGAAAUCCCUGGCCUUGUCCGACCACUACGAACAGAUGCCGAUGCAGAACUCCAUCACUGAAGUUCAGAACUUGACUAUCAAGAAGGAGACGCAGCUCUCGGAAUUAAAAUGCGAGUCCCUCGGCAUGGAGAAGCUGUUGGGAGCUCACGGAUCACCCCUCAUGGGGAGGCUUCCGCGGGUGCAGUCCAGCGCCAGUACCGAUUCGGCGGUUCAUUCUAUGUACACGCACAGCGUCUACAGCAGCCCCUCGGCCAGCCCCCGCCCCUCGCGCCACUACACGCCCUCUCUCUCGCGGAACAACAGCGACGCAUCGCACUCCUCCUGCUACUCCUACAGCUCGGAGUUCUCGCCGACGCAUUCGCCGGUUCAGAGUCGCCACCCUCACCUUCUAUAUCGCGAAACGGCCGUGUACCCGGCGUCACCCGCCCACGACGACGACUCGGAGCAGAUCGAUGACAGACUUCAUCAUCAUCAGGGGAUCAGCAGGCAGCAGCUUAUAAAUAGCCCCUGCCCCAUAUGCGGGGACAAGAUCAGCGGGUUCCACUACGGCAUCUUCUCGUGCGAGUCUUGCAAGGGCUUCUUCAAGCGCACCGUGCAGAACCGCAAGAACUACAUGUGCCUCCGAGGGGGCAACUGCCCCGUCACCGUGGCCACGAGGAAGAAGUGCCCGGCCUGCCGCUUCGACAAGUGCCUCGGGUGCGGGAUGAAGCUGGAAGCGAUCCGAGAAGACCGCACCCGAGGCGGACGUUCCACGUACCAGUGCUCGUACUCUUUGUCCGGCGCCUCGUCCACCGGCUCGUUGCUCUCUGCGCACGCGCCGACCACCAUGCGACACGCCUCCAGCCUCAGCUCGGUUUCAGGCCCGGGGUCGUACAGCAGUCGAGGGGAAUCCAGCAACAGCCGACUCACGCCGGAUAUUCCGCCAUUAUUGCAAGAAAUAAUGGACGUGGAGCAUCUCUGGCAGUACAACGAGUCUGAGCUGAACAGACUGGGCAAGUCGACGGGCAGUCCUUCGGCGAACCCCCUCCUGGCCGCCAGCGGGAUCACGGCGCAGAACUCCAGCGCGGACUUCCUCGCGGACCUGUGCAACAUCGCCGACCACAGGCUGUACAAGAUCGUCAAGUGGUGCAAGAGUCUGCCGCUCUUCAAGAACAUCUCGAUCGACGACCAGAUCUGCCUGCUCAUAAACAGCUGGUGCGAGCUGCUGGUGCUGUCGUGCUGCUACCGCGGGGUGAGCACUCCCGGCGAAGUGCGCGUGGGAGGCGGAAGGGGCAUCACCCUGCAGCAGAGCGCCAAAUACGGUCUUACGCCAUGUAUAGAACGAAUGCUGAGCUUCACGGACCACCUGAGACGUCUCCGGGUGGACAGAUACGAAUACGUCGCUCUCAAGGUCAUCGUGCUGCUCACUUCGGAUGCGCCCGAGUUGCGUGAAGCGGAGUGCGUGCGCGCAUCGCAGGAGAAGGCGCUGGCCGCCCUCCAGGCCUACACGGCCACGCACUCGCCCGACACUCCCGCCAAGUUCGGGGAGCUCCUUCUGCGCAUACCCGAGCUGCAGAGGACGUGUCAGUUUUUCAUGCAAGUCGGCAAGGAAAUGCUGAACCCGACUAAUAAGAAGGACGGCGAAGCCCCGAGCUUUAACCUCCUAAUGGAGCUGCUCCGAGGUGAUCAUUGACCGGGACCACUCCAGAACAUUCUUUGGGAGCGUCUAGAAGACUUGUUCCUAGGAAUUUUGCUCAAGUAAGAAUAAGUAUCGUAAUGAAUGCUUAAACGCGUGGAGCGAGGAGAACGUGUCGUUAUUGUAGCCUUAAACGUGAGACUGCAUAGCUUACUUCGGUGCCAAUAUUUGUGAUUUUAUGUGUAAAACAUCUAGUUUAUGUUUUUGGUUAUAGAAACCUCUUUUUAAAUGUUUCACGAUAGCUCAUAUGUCUGUUCGAUAAACAUCGAAAUCCAAUUUACAUUAAGCCAAUAAAGAGUCAAUAUACCUUAAUCGAUAAAGGCAUGACUAUUGCAAGCGUUUUAAAAAUUGUCACUCGCAGAGCAUAAGUUCCGAACGGUUAGCAAAAUUUUAGAACCUUCUAAAUUUGUUCUAUAAACGGAUGUUUAAUGUUGUAUAAUUUGCUCACCAUAUCGAAAAAACAUGCAUUUAUUUUUAUAUAUGCUCUCGACAUAAUACUCUAUUAUCUAUAGUAACUAUUUUGUAUCUGUAUUACUUGAAAGUACACUGCCAAACGCUUUUAUACGAAAUGAAUAGUAUUAAGGCGACGGGAUCAAAUAUUUUGUAAGCUUCUGCUGAUUUUUUAUCGCCGUACAGUUUGUAUCACGAUUCUUAUCAUGUAAACGGCUUGCAAUAUAUGUGUAAUAUAUUUUGUAAUUAAAUAUUUUAUAUAGUAGGCGUAUGGCGCAAAGGAAAUGUAUGCUAUAAAUAUACCCUUUAGCAGUCUGUAUUUAGAUUAUUACUAGCCUUAUUAUGGCCUUUUACGAAUAAUGUAUAAUUGUAUAAUCGCUUCUCACCAACUAAAUUUACGAUCUUGCCAUUGCUCAGCUCUCUUGUGUCUUGUGUAUUGAAAGGCUUAUUUUAUCAUAUGAGGACACAAUGGCGAUGAAUAGUUAAAAACGAAAUCGGCAACUAAAGUGUGUGACAGCUCUUAGCUAUAGUCUUUGAUUAAAAAUGGCGCCAAAACCGCUCUGUAUUGCCAUUUUUAAUUACUUAAAUGUUAUUGUUAAUAAGUUAGUGGUAAGUUUCGAAGGUAUAACCUUCACUCUUUGUUGUAUUAUUUGUAAUAUUAUAGUUAUAUUUACAUUGUUCUGCAACGAUAAUUCCAUAAAUAUUCCACGACAGAUUAUAGUAAAUUAUUUUUUAGAUUAUUAUUAUUUUUCUGUGCAAUAGAUAUUUAUCUCUGGAACACGACUUUAGAUUGGGCAACAUUAAACGAGAGGUUGAUAUAAUAUAUAAAUUGACGUUUUGUUAAAUAACUUUGGAUUUGUUUUGGUAAAAACAAUACAAAUAAUUUUAAACAAUGGUCGAUUAGUUUUAUCUUAUCGAUAUUGAUAAUCACAAUUGUGACGCAGCUGCGGCUGCAAUGCUAUAGAAAGCUAGUAAAGUUUUUUAGUUUAAUUGAAAAGAAUCAACCAGUGUACACUGCCAAUUUUAAUAACCCGAAGCUUGCUUUGAGCAAAGCGUUCGUAUUGAUGCAAUUUAUUGUAUAUUUUUUGCAUAUAUUAAGCCUAAAUUAGAAGUAGCAAUAAUGUAGAUUAUUUUUGUAGCAUGACCCCAUAGAUUAUAUCAGAUUUUUAUUCAGCAAUACAGUUUUUUUAUAUUUAUUUUUAUAGUGUUAAUUCUGAAUUAAAUGUACGAAAGUGGACCGAGCAAUGCUAUCGUUCAUAUGAUAGGAUUGUCUUUCUCGGUGAAAGCUAGCGACCGUAUUCCAAACGGUGAAUCGAGUCUAAAUUUCAUAUUUCUUUAACUAAACCACAUUUUAAAUAGGAGUUGGAAUGAUUUAGUAUAAGUUAAAGGCACAAGUACUUUUAUUUAUGUAAAUGAGCUCAUUUAGGUUAAGUUUAAACAAUGUGCCACGACGAUGUUAUUUACUUUGAGAUUGUUUUCGCAUUGAAGCCAACAGAUGUCGCUUAUGUAAAGUUGAGACUCGGGACGACACUUUCUGCAAUUCAUCACGUGACAUCAGCUAAAAAUAUAUUUUUCUGAAGUUGGAAUUGUGUCACUUAGCCUGGUGAUUAUUUUUGACCGCUACGCAUUUUUGUGUAAAACAUUACCGCGUGUAUAGUAUUUUUAGUGUAUAAGAAUUGCAGAUUGGUUUAGCCCAUCUCUUUUGUAAUUUUCAUUGUAAUAUUGAACUGAUAUUCUAAGUAGCCGUAUUUUUGAAGGUGUGAAAGAGAUGGCGUUGUGUGACAGAAUCCGUAUAAUUUUUAUAUUAAAAAUUAGAAGGAAUGUGAGUCUGGUAUAGCGUCCAAUAUUUUGUAAUUACAUUUGUUAUAUUCUAGAAGUAUUAAAUUGAUAUUCUUUAUUUUCUAGAGCUAUGGAAAUAUUUUUAUAUAUCAAAAAAAUAAUAAAGACAUUUUUUAAACAA